UAAUAAUAAGAAUGUUAUUGAGGGGAAGAGUUUUGGCUUAUUUUGCAAAAGUGAAAGUAACAGACACCCCAAAAAUAAGAAUAGGAGAGGCAGUGAAAUUAAUAAAAGAGAGGUCAAAGGCAAAAUUUGAUGAGACAAUAGAUUUUUAAUUAAGGUUGAAUGUUGAUCCAAAACAUGGUGAUUAAAAUGUAAGAGGGACAUGCAUGUUACCAGGAGGAUUAGGAAAGAAUGUAUCCAUAGCUGUCUUAACGACUAAUGAAUUUAAUGAUGUUGCAUUGAGAGUAAUUAUUUAAUUAAUCAAAAGGCAGGAGCAGAUUUCGUUGGUCAAGAGGACAUAUUGAAAUCUAUUAAGGAUGGAACAUAUAAAUUUGAAAAAUUAAUUACAACAUAAGACAUGCUGGUUCAUUUGAAACCCUUUGCAAGAUUGUUGGGUACCAAGGGAUUGAUGCCAAAUCCAAAGGCUGGCACAUUAGUAUUACCAUAGGAACUGACUUCAGCAAUCAAGGGAGCGAAGGCAGGGUCGAUUGAAUUUAGAGUUGAUUCAGGUUCGAAUUUAAUGGUGCCAGUUGGAAAGAAAUCAUUUGAAGAUAAAGUGAUAUUGAUGAAUAUCAAGGCUUUUUCAAUAGCUUUGAACUAGAAAAGACCAACAUCUUUGAAAGGACAGUUGAUAGGAGAAGCAAGAAUAAAGACGACUAUGGGAUAGCCAGUAGAAGUGGAUGUGUUUUCAUUUGAUUAAAGGAACAAGGAAAAUGAUUUGAAAGAUUUAGUUUAUUGA